UUCUCACAUUUUACACGUCGAAUCAAAUAAUUACUUUAGAUUGAGUAGAACAUAUUGCCUUCGUAUAUAGCAUAGUAUUUACGUUUUAGUGUCAUAAUUUAUUGUAAUAAAGAGCACAGCAAUGUCAUUUUUUACGUUAUUAAUCACUUUCAUAUUAUUAAAUGUGAUUUGCGAUUUAAAUUACUUUGUGCGUACAUUGUUCUGUGUUUUAACAGGUAGAAUAUAUCAAUGUAAUAAUACUUUGAAGGAUGUUACCACAAUAUAUGGCAUGUGCACAUUUCAAAACUGUGAUGUUACGUUUAAGAACAUCCGAAUAGCUAAAUUGGUCCGGGAGCUUGAUUUCGCUCGGUAUCACUUCUAUGAUAGAACUGGCAUAUAUCAGCGCAGUCAGAAGUUUAGAAUCAAAUCGUUGCAAGGAUGUACUUUGAUCAUAACUUCAGAACCGGUGCCAAUGUUUCAAACCUACAAAAUAAACACAAAGCUUGUGUACUGGGACGAUCGCUCUUUAUUCUUAGAACAUGAAGUGGUGACACUGCGAGACGGCAAAGUCCGUCAUUUGUUGGUAUCUCGUCAACAUGCCAUAGGCCCUAAUGGAAACUCAAUUGCAAUACUUCUGAAAGACCUGGUUGGAUCAGAGUCUAAGCCGAGCUGUCCCGAUUACAUUACACAUUGGCUUCAUAGUAUGGAAUUAUCUAGUUUGCGAUUAAGAAAUGCUCAUCACAUGCAAAAUUAAUAUUUGUUAACGAGAAAAGUCUCAAGAUUGAUUACUCAUUGGUCAGUACCUAUUGGUGACGAAAGAAUGUAGGCAGAAGGUUAUAGAAAAAUAUAAGUACAAAAUAUAUUAUUC